ACAUUUGCAAAUAAGUGCUGAUAUUGGCAGUUCGCAAAUCUCGAUUGAAGAGAAGAGUGCCAUAUUCGCCUGCUUUUCGGCCAUACUUGGGCAAUAAAUCGAUAAACCCAUCUCAGUUUCUCUCUUCUUUUCACCAUUUCUCGAGCCAAGCAUGCGAACGGGAACAUUUCUCUCUGGGUAUAGGCUCGUUCAAGCAUUUCGUCGAACAGUUUCUAGCACCUCUUCUACGCUCAAUACAGUCCCCGUCCGAUUUAGCUUUCUCUGCACUCAAACACCCGAUAACUUAUCGGCGAAUGUAUUAGAGUCGGAAUUGGAGGGGCCCAGGUGCUUAUCUUUGAGAAUUGAGAAAAUACCAAAGGGAGAAUCGAUUGGGUAUGCCUUCAGGAGCUGGAUGGGCGACGGCUUUCCUGUUCAUCGAGGCGACAUAUUCCACGCCAUCAAUCGCCUCAGGAAGCUCGAGAGGAACAAGCGCGCACUCGAGGUUAUGGAGUGGGUGAUAAGGGAGAAACCGUACCGGAUAAACGAAUUGGACUACUCCUAUCUGCUGGAAUUUACGAUCAAACACCAUGGCAUAGCACAAGGUGAGAAGCUCUUCUCUAACGUUCCUCUGGAAUUUCAAGGAGAGUUGCUCUUCAACAAUCUUGUGAUUGCAUGUUUAGAUAAGGGAGCAAUUAGGCUUUCACUAGCUUACAUGAGAAAAAUGAGGGAAGUUGGCCAUCGCAUCUCACACUUAGUUUUUAAUCGCCUCAUUAUUCUCCACUCGUCUUCCCGACGUAGGAAAAUUAUCCCGAAAAUUCUCACUCAAAUGAAGGCUGAUAAAGUGUCCUUGCAUGUUUCUACAUAUAACAUUCUUAUGAAAAUAGAAGCCAAUGAGCACAACAUUGAAGGGUUGAUGAAGGUAUUCAGCGAUAUGAAACGAACUAAGGUUGAACCGAAUGAGGUGUCUUAUUGCAUAGUAGCUACUGCACAUGCUGUGGCAAAGUUGUAUACAGUAGUUGAGACCUAUGCUGAGGCUAUAGAAAAUUCUAUUACUGGGAGUAAUUGGUCGACAUACGACGUCCUAAUCAUCUUGUACGGGUAUUUGAAGAAGGAUAAAGAGCUAGAGAGGACUUGGGGUAUCAUACAAGAAUUACCCCACAUCCGGUCUAAAAGUUUUAUACUUGCAAUCGAAGCAUUUGGUAGAAUUGGUUUACUAAGCCGUGCCGAAGAGCUCUGGUCAGAAAUGAAAACUAUGGGAGGACUUAAAGCCACUGAUCAAUUCAAUUCCAUUAUAUCUGUUUAUUGCAAACAUGGGUUGAUUAAGAAGGCAACAGAAGUCUUUAGGGAAAUCGAAGCGAAUGGGUGCAAACCAAAUGCCAUAACCUUUCGAAAUCUGGCUUUAGGUUGCCUGAAAGCUGGUUUGGUGGAGGAAGCCAUGAAAACACUAGAGCUGGGAUCACAUAUUACAACCAGCAGCAAGACAGUUAGAAAGUCAAAUCCAUGGUUGGAGACCACUCUUUCAAUGAUCGAGAUUUUGGCAGAGAGGGGAGAUGUUGAAAAUGCUGAAAAGUUAUUCGAAGAACUCAAGGAAGCAAAGUACACGAGGUACACAUUUGUAUACAACACUUUGAUCAAGGCCUACGUGAAGGCCAAGAUUCAUAAUCCAAGUCUGUUGAGGAGGAUGAUCAUAGGAGGAGCCAGGCCUGAUUCAGAAACAUACAGUUUGAUCAAACUUUCUGAGCAGUUUCAAAGUUAAAAAAAAAAAAAAAAAAGUUUGAACAGUUGAUGCAGUUUUCAACGGUCUUGUCUUUGAUCAACAAGCCAAUGCCAUGGAACAAUCCUUAUUUCCUCUCUGAUAGCUUCUGAUUGCUCUGUGAGGCGUGCAAGCUACGGGUACCUCGUGGCCACUUGGCUGACAUGGAUGCUCAGAGGGAAGUAAAAAGUAAGUUGCCACUGACUCUGCUUGAAUGAGGGGUAAAAAAAAAAAGAUGAAACAAAAUUUUGAGUAUUAAUUAUCUUUAUGUGUCCAUGUGGGGAGUGUUUGGUUUCUGGAUUCUUUCCCUCUGUCCUCUUCUGUUGUCAUCUUCAACUCAUCACAUUGGGUCAUCACAUUUAAGCUUCAUAAAACCACUAGACCCCAAAAUAAAGUACAAGAUGAAGUAUUUACUAACAGUCACAAGAAGGAAAAGGUAGAAUGAAGAUUUUCAGAGAGAUUUUUAUUUAGCUUUUUUGCUGUCUUUACUUCUGAAGGAAAUGUGUGAUUUUUGAGUGUAGGACAUGACAGGAGAGAGAUUGGAUGAACAUAUCCCAAUUUCAGGUCCCUUCUCGUGACUGUAUUUACAAAAGAUAGAAGAAGAAAGAAGGAGAAGAAGAAGAAAGGCAGCAAAUUGAAGACAUGUUGGGCCCUUCUCGUCACAUUAUCUGCUCAAUUUGCAUGAAGAAAGAGACAAUUAUUUGAUAAGAACAUUAUAACUUAUAGAGGACGUUCGUUGGAUUGGCUUAUCAACUGAAACUGGACUUAGAAAAGAAAAUCAUUCAAAUGAAUGUUGAUGAGAAAAA